CACUUAUUGCUAUUAUUACAGGCCUCUGUGGCUCUCUCCUCGUCAGGUGAUGGUCGUGCCCGUCAACACGUCCUUUGAGGAUUACGCAAAGAAAGUGUGUAAGCAGUUUACAGAAGCUGGCUUCAUGGCGGAUGCUGACCUCGACUCCGGCUGUCUGCUGAACAAGAAGAUCCGUAACGCUCAGCUGGCCCAGUAUAACUUCAUUCUAGUGGUCGGGGAGAAGGAGAAGAUGACUAACGGCGUCAACGUGCGCACACGAGACAGCAAAGUCCACGGAGAGCUGUCGGUGUCCGAGGUGCUGGCCCGCCUGACCCUGCUCAAACAGAGCCGCUGUGCAAACGCCGAGGAGGAGUUCUGAUCCACACACACACACACACACACACACACACACACACACACACACACACACACACACACACACACACACACACACACACACACACACACACACACACACUCAUACCUCCACUACAGUUAUUAGUGGAGAGGGGCAUGGGAUGGCACAUGUGAAAAUGGUACAGAGAAAGUGUAAUCAGACAGGAAAUGAUUUUCUGUGAGCAAAUGUGAUGAAAAGGGAUUCAAACUACAUUGAAUUGCCCAUUAACCAUGUGUGAAGGGUAGAAAAGGACACGUUUGUGUACGAUGUGUUGGUAUUAUACUAUGUGGAAGUCUAUUCCUGAAGGGAAGUUGCUCGAUAAUUUAACAAAACAAUGUGAAGAUUGUUAUAAUGAAGAAUCUGUGAAUUUGGCACUAAUUUUCCACAAAGGUCUUUCUCUGCAGGGAAAUAAAAUAAAAU